GCUUGUUGUGAAUUUUCAGUUCAGGAAAAGGAGAAUUUACUCAACAAAAUGGAAAUAGUUACGUUUUUAUUAAAAAGAAUCUCUGUUCUGUUACUGAUGGCACUUAUAACUUGUGAUACACAAUUUGAUGAGGGUCUCACAACACCUGAACAUUGCCAGGAUGAAAUAGCAGAGUGUGCACAGGAGCUGCUGAACCAAAUUGAGAACAAGACAUCUCAGGAGCUUCCACAGGAAACUGUGGAAAAUUAUUUGAACAUCAUGAUGAACAUUACGCGUUUUGUGAAAGACAACACUACUGACCAGGAUCUAUUACUGUAUGGAAAUAAUGUUCUGAUCUUCACUGAGACACUGGUGUCUAAACUAGUGAGGAAAACAGACAACAUCCAGUCUGUUAACAUUUCUCUACAAACUUUAGAGAUUCAGGUAAUUGAGCUUGGACUGAACUCCACUGUGAGUAGAAUUCCCUCUCUUACCACAACCACUGCUUCUAUGGACAUGGAGUUCACAGGAAUCCCGAACAAUAGCAAAGUUGCUGUUGCCUUGAUGAGCUACAACAACAUGGCAGCCAUCCUGAAUGCUAGCUUCUUCAAAUCGUUUGUAUCUACAACAAAAAAAAUAAUGUCUCCUGUGGUGUCAGUAACACUUCCCAAAGCAUCUGGUUUCACUACAGAAUUCUCUCACUCCCAAGUCACCUUCACCCUUAAACAUGUAGAUGAGUUGGACCCUAAUGGUGUUCUCUCCUGUGUGUACUGGAAUAAAUUAGAAUGGGUUGAAGAUGGCUGUAGCAUCAUAGAGAUGAACAGAACACACACUCUGUGCUCUUGUGAUCGUCUGGGUACUUUUGCUAUCAUCAUGCAGACCUACACACUGAAUUACACUAUUCAGACAAUUUUUAUCACCGUGUCUGCAGCACUAGGAAUGAUGCCUCUGAGUUUAUCUAUAUUGACUUUCGCCAUUUGUCGUCCUUACAAGAAAGUGACCAACCUGGUUCUGAUAAACCUGUGUAUUAGCCUUUUCCUGGCUAUGCUUGUUUCCCUGCUCACAGUACAUUUCCAGGCAUAUAUAUGCCCUCGACAGAAUUUGUUUGCAGUCUUGGAGGGUGUUCUGUUUUUUUUCUGUUUCUCAGCUGCUGUGUGGAUGUUCAGUGAAGCUGCGCUGAUUUUCAUUUUUGUGAAGAACCUAUCAAACGUCAGAUCAAACCAGGGGGAGGGGCUUAGCUGGAAGUGGCUAAUUGCGAUUGGAUUCUUGAUUCCUAUGAGUCUGGUGGUUGUGUAUGCCCUAGCCUAUGGUAGAAUCUACACAGGUUUUAUCUGCAUGGCAAACGUGUCCAGAAGAGAUAAAUUUAUAUAUUUUAUUCCUUUUUACAUCAUUCACGCAUCAGUCUCAAUCCUCUUUAUCAUCUCCAUCAUAAUCAUAAUCUUAAAUCUGAUACGGAUAAAAACUCAGAACUUACAGAGGAGUAACAGCAACGACACCAAACUCAUAAUGAGUGUGAUGUUUAAAAGCAUGGCUAAUUUUUUUAUCAUCGGCUGCCCCUGGAUCAUUCUCUUCAUCCCAACUAAAGGUUUGGUGUUUUAUGUCUUGGAGUUAAUCUGCAUCCAGCAGGGGACCUUCAUCUUCUUGAUCCACUGUGUCUUCAACUUAGAGAUCAGGCAGCAGUACAGGAAGCUCCUGUGUGCAAUUUGCUGCUUCAACAAUCGUAGUCCUGCUGCAGCAGAUGGUCAGGAGCAUCAACAGACAAUGUGAACACACACAGGACUAUUUUUUUUUUUUUUUCUCCUGCUCCAUGAGGCACAUUGGGUGUCAAGAGCCUGAUGGCUUUCUUGCCGGUUCUUGCUAGCCUAAUGCCCACCCCCUCCUUUUGCAGCUGGGCUUGGACCCAUGACUGGUGCAGUACUUUCAUUAAUUACUUUAUUAUUCUCUGAUUAUAACAGUAUAUUUGAAAUCCAGAAGGAAGUCAUGGUGAGAAGUGGGAGCACAGAGCUUAAGUUGUUGGCCUUUUGAUCAGUUUUGAGUCUGAAUCCUAGCAAUUUCUAGAUACUGCUGGGACCUGGAUCAAGGUCCUUAGCCUGCAAAUGCUCAGGUGUGUAAACAAGAGAAGCCUGCUCCAUUGACCAUGAAGGAAUUCUUACUAUUGUAAAUUUCAGGUAGCGCUUCAAACUAGUCUCACUAAUGGCUCGUAAUUGCCUUCACUAGUACUUUUUUCCCAAUCACGGUACCUUUAUAACAUCCGCCUGAUUAUUGUGAUAUUGUGAAUUUGCUGUUCAGGAGGUGCCUUGUGUGAAUCAAGUAUUUUAGAAAAACUUUACUGAUUUUACAUUUUUACUCUGCUUAAUAUAAGACUUUGGUACAUUUAGUUAUGCAGAUUUCACUCUUCAUCCCAGCAGAGGGCACCAGUACAGAGUCCAACCUAGCAAUGUGUGCUCCCAUCCCUGGCUUCAAGAGCACAUUUGGAAAGUGGUAGCUCAGUGGUUAAGAUGUUGGAUAUUGAUCAGAAGGUCAUGAGUUCAAAUCUCUACACCACCAAGCUGCUACUGCUGAGCCUUAAAUGACUUUGUUAAUUAUAUAAUUAAUUAUCAAUUGGAUAAGCCUACUUCAAGGACCAUAAAGGAUUUCUUGUUCUUAGGAUUUGCAAAGUUAAAAUUUUUCGAUUUCUGCUUUAUCACCUGGACACUUAGAUCUCUGUUAUGGGGAAAGCCCAAGACUCUAAUACAUCUAAGCUCAGACCAAAACUCCAUCCUUUUGGAGAACUUUUCCCUGACAGUUGCCUACAACUACAUCAUGUUCUUGAAGAGCUGCUGGCAGUAAAAUGACUGAAGGUGUAGUGACACUGGCAAGAGGAAUACCAUUAUUUAUAAAUGAGAUAAAUAGGAGUCACUCUGAGUAAAGGGUGUAACUUAUGAACAUCCAGUUUACUCACUGAGAGAAGCACCUUUUUAUAUGACAUCAGUGAUUUAAGUAGCAAUGAUUUAUUUUCACAUUAUGAAAGAUUAGGUCGGGAUCAUGAGAUCCCAAGUCAGUUUGUAUGUGUGUAGGCUUGUCGGGUUUUCUGUCUUUUGUAAAUACUUAUUAAAUAGUAUGAAUAAAGAUAAAGUCUAGAUUUUUGUCUGUAGAAACUUUAACUUUAAAUAUUUCUGUAAUGUUUUUGGGUAAGUGGGAUCUUUUAGUGAGGGGCAUCAUAAGGAUCUGCUGACAUAUCUGAGUGCAAAUGUAUCCACCGCCCCCUUCUGGUCAUUUUCAGCAUGUACAACUACUUCUGUUCACCUUGCCCUUUAA